AGCCUGAGUUAUCCGACGGCAUGGCGGCACUGGAACAUCCGGAUGCCGAGCUGCCGUACUCCAAGCUGCUGUCAACGGCGCUGACUGUGGCCACUGGAAACUCGAGCUCCUCGGAUGGCAGUUGGCUGCUCCUCCAGGCCACUGCGGCACCAGCUGGCGAAGUGAUGGCCACCGGAGCCGAGAAGAUGGGUGUGCCCUCGAUGAACUCCUACCUGGUGAGCAUGGCGUGGCCCAAAUCGCUGGCGGUGGCCGUCUUCCUGGUCAUCAUCCUCGUCACCGUGGUGGGCAACACACUCGUCAUCCUCGCCGUUCUGACCACACGCCGCCUGCGCACGGUCACCAACUGUUUCGUGAUGAACUUGGCCAUCACCGACUGGCUGGUCGGGACCUGCGUGAUGCCUCCGUCGGUGGUUCUCUACAUAACAGGCACCUGGCGCUUUGGCUGGAUACUGUGCGACAUUUGGAUCUCGCUGGACAUCCUGCUCUGCACCGGCUCCAUCCUCAGCCUGUGCGCCAUCAGUCUGGACAGGUAUCUCGCCGUCACACAGCCACUGACGUACUCCAAGAAGCGCCGCUCCAAGCGACUGGCCCUCCUCAUGAUUCUCGUCGUGUGGAUAACGGCCCUGUCAAUCACAUGUCCACCCUAUUUGGGCUGGUACGAGGCUGGGCGGCACCAGGCGGAGUUCGUGGACUGCCGCUACAACCAAAACAAGGGCUACGUGGUCUUCUCGGCGAUGGGAUCGUUCUUCAUACCGCUCACCGUGAUGCUGUACGUCUACGUUAAGAUUGGUUAUGUCCUCACGUCACGGCGACAGCGCAUUGUGCGCGAUGCGCACUCGGAGCGCACGGCGGACUACGAUGUGGACGGGGACAACUUCAUCUCGGAGUCGGAGCACUAUCACUGCACGCCAACCAAGUGGCUGCCGAGCAGAAGGUCUCGCUGGAGGUUCAACUCCCUGCACGACCCAGCCAGCGCCACCACGAAUGCGGCCAAGGGACACCAGUCGUCCGUCAAGUGCGCCAAGUGCUCCUCUGCCACUGGAACUGCAGCUGGAGCUGCACCUGGCGCUGGCGCUGGCGUUGGAGCUGGAACUGGAGCUGGAGUGGCGGACAAAACGCUGACGUUCAAGCACCAGCCCACUUUCUACGAGCUGGUCGAGGUGUCGCGCCUCUCGUCGCUCAUCCACUGCUCGGCAAUUAGCUGCAAGUACGGAGGACCCUGCAUGCACUCCACGCCCUCGGGGAUGCACUACGUGGGCACGGAGGCCUCCUUCUCGGACACCUGCCUGGGUGGCACUGCGAGUAACACCACCACCUCCAACACCGCCGCUCUGGACACCAAUGAGAAGCUGGAGGCGGAGGCGCAGCAAAAGCAGCAGCAGCAGCAGCACCACCACCACCAUGGCACCCAAAGCCAUCACAGCCAUCACAACCAUCACCACCGCAUGCCGAUGCGAGUUUCGACCACGAAACGUGAUAGCAAGACCGCCAAGACCCUGACUAUUGUGAUGGGCGGCCUAAUUGCUUGCUGGCUGCCCUUCUUCGUCUACUAUCUGCUGAUUCCCUUCCUGCCGCGAGCCGCCGUCCUCGAGGACCUCAUGUUCGGCUUCACCUGGAUUGGCUGGGUCAACUGCGCCAUCAACCCGUUCAUCUACGCCUUCUACAAUCCGGACUUUCGCACUGCCUUCUGGCGGCUCACUUGUCGCCCCAUUUGCAAGCAGAAGCGUCCGCCCAACCACCUGGCCAUGUUCCGUGGCUAGUUUCCGGCUGCAGAUGCGAUGCGGAUGGGGAUCCGGAGCCUAACCGGUUUCCGAAUCACUGAGCACUUGAGUGUCGCCGUCUCCAGUCGCACAAUCGACGCUCACUUGGGUGCUGGGGGAAAUAUCUCAGGCAUAUCCUUAACUUUUCGCCGUGCUGGUUCACCGACUUCAUUGUAAUUACCUUACACGCAAAACAUUUGUGCUAAUUAGUGGCCUCACUGUUUACUCACAUUUUAAUCUCUUGAAAAGCAGAACCAGUAGUGCCCAGCAAGGACAUCAAAUUGACUCUAGUAGAUACAAUUGAAUUUCAGAAGUACAACUACUUGUAUCCCUUACUAUUACACUUCACUUGUUCUUAUAAUUAAAUCGAUUGAGGAUGAUGGUAAUGAAAUAUU